AUGGCGGGUGAGAAAGGUUCAGAUGGACAAAAUCGUAAACCAGAAAAACCACCUUAUUCCUAUAUAGCGUUAAUUGUUAUGGCGAUCCAAGCCUCACCCAGUAAGCGCAUGACUCUAAAUGAAAUUUACAAAUUUCUACAAGAUAAAUUUCCAUUUUUCCGUGGUAACUAUUUAGGUUGGAAAAAUUCGGUUCGCCACAAUCUAUCGUUAAAUGAAUGCUUUAUUAAACUACCCAAAAGUGCCGGAAGGCCUGGGAAAGGCCAUGAUUGGGCACUCGAUUCUUCAUGUGAGUAUAUGUUUGAAGAUGGAUCGUUUCGUCGCCGGCCUCGC